GUCGAUCGUCGAGCGUCGACUGCUGUCAAAGUGGUCGAGCGAACCUAACCUAGAAUUUCAAGUUUAGUAGAACGUUGCUCGUGCAGGUUUAGAACACCUCAAUUGACGUUGACAGUCUCUGUGCGUGGAAGAAAGCAGGUGGAUAAGUUUCGCAAACUCGGAAUAAGAUGAAUUUACCACGCGUGCUUAUCGCCAGCACGGCAAGCGGAAAAGCCGAUGAAAUAGCCAGAGAUAUUGGGGCUAAGGAACUCGACACCGAGGAUGACGCUGUCAACUACUACCUCUGGGACAUUGAAAACAAAUAUUACAAGGCACAGGUUAUGCUCUGCACCACCGAUAACCCUCUUGUUAAAAUUGACUCCGAAUCUGUCGAGGCGCUAAUCAUUUACUACGACGGUCGACUUGAGAACGGAACAAACUUGCUGGACGAAUGGGCUCCGCUGAUCAGUUCACUCUCUGAGGCUGAAGUACAAAUACUUGCUUGGGACUCGGCAAUCCAAGGAGGAAACGUCGAUCGAGUCCUGGAGUGGUGUACACAGUACAAAUUUGAACUCGUCGAUUUCAAUCGCCCCGAGGCAGUGGAAAAUCCAGAUGAUUCGGACGAUGAAAAUGAAAAGCACGGCAUUGACAGAAUCGUCGAAGCUCUUCAUGCUCACACUUGGCCCAAUAUGGAUCUCAAAGGCUGUUCAACGCUGCCAGAAAGCGGUUGCACCGACAUAGCGGAAGUUGACGAACAGUUGCAGGGUAUUCAUUUGAACGGAAUUCACAGUAUGUCCCAGGGCUUGCAAUUGGAGCACAUGUUGGAGGGUAUGAUGGGAGGCGAGAACGCGGAUUUCGGGGAACUGUUUGGUCAGUUACUCGCGAUGAAGGAGCACGCGGCUACUUUACCGGAGAAUCAGAGACGGGCAGCGGCGGAGGAACUGGUAACAGCAUUCUGGAAAGCGAUGGGCGGAGAUCCGGAGGAGAUAGACGAUCUGGACCAGUGAAGAAGGUAUCAUUAUGCAAACGAAGACGCGUUGUACAUGUAUUAUGUAUAUGUUGAUUAUGGUAAAUAAAUAUAUAAGCAUAGUC